AUGGCUCCAGCUAAGCGCAAAGUAAAUACGGCGGCUGAUGCCACGAGUACCGCUGCAACGAAGAGACAGAAGAAAGUCGUAGAACCCACCGCGUCGUCAUCGAGGCCAAGCAGGACCUCACUUGCUGUAGCUGCAGCUCCGCGUUCAACAAGAAGCUCGAUCAGUGGGAAGUCUACACCCGUCAAACCAGCUAAAAGUACAAUCAAGGGUUCAGCCAACGAAACAGCAAAUAAAUCCGCAACAAAGACUGCAACAAAGGUCAAAGCAAUUGAGGGUCGAAAGCGAGGAAGACCAGCCAAAACAACCACUGUUGAGGAAGAGGCCGCCGUACCCGGAAGGACCUCCAACCUUCUCAUCGACGUUCCACUCAGAGAGAAGCCUGCCGUGAAGGCUGAAGCUGAGGAGGAAGCUGAGGCUAACAACGAAGGCCCAGCUUACUUCCUUAUGAAAGCCGAACCCGAGUCACGUAUCGAAAAGGGCAAGGACGUCAAGUUCUCCAUCGACGAUCUCAAAGCUGCAAGCGAGCCCGAAGGAUGGGACGGUGUCCGCAAUCCCGUCGCACGCAACAACAUGAGGCUUAUGAUGAAGGGAGAUAUGGCAUUCUUCUAUCAUUCCAACUGCAAAGUACCAGGCAUCGUAGGUACAAUGGAGAUUGUCCAGGAGCACUCAGUUGACGAAACCGCGUUCGACCCCAAGCAUCCCUACUUCGACGAGAAAUCAGACCGUGAAAAACCGAAGUGGUGUCUCGUACAUGUCAAAUUUGUCCAGAAAUUUCCGGGGAUGAUCAAGCUCAAGGAGCUCCAGAAGUACGCAAAGAAUGGUGGUGUUUUGGAGAACCUGCAAGUCCUCAAGCAAUCUCGCCUGAGCGUUUCGAAGGUGGCCAAGAAGGAGUGGGACUUCAUCAUGGGCCUGGUCGAUGCGGAGGAUGUUGCAGCUAUGUCGGCUGCACACCAGCCGCAGAUGACUGUCUAA